CCUGCCCCUACCCCACCACCCAUCCAGGUGCCACGGCAUAAGAUGGCAGAUCGUGCAAUGCUGAAGAAAAACACAUAGACGAUGUGCUCUGAGUCGCUGCUUCUGCUGUUGACGGCUUCGACGUCCCUUUAGGAUUAACAACACCGCAAAUGAACUCCGUCAGAGCAAGUAACGUUAGCAAAAGACCUAGGCGAGUGUCGAGGCCGCGCCCGGUACAGCCGGAGAGGAACCACCAGGAAAGAGAUCUCUUCUUCACUUCUAAUCAAUGAUGAGGACGUUCCUGCAGAUAUGGUCGCAGAAGAAUCCGGUCCAGGAGCUCAGAACAGUCCCUACCAACUUAGAAGAAAGUCUCUACCCAAGAGAACAGUGUGUCCGACAAAGACUAACAUGGAGGGUGCUUCCACUUCAACCACAGAAAACUUUGGACAUCGACCUAAGCGCCCAAGAGUUUCCGGAAAGUGUCAAGACUUACCGGCAGCUCCAGCAGAGCAGUAUUUGCAGGAAAAGCUUCCAGACGAGGUGGUGCUUAAGAUCUUCUCGUACCUGUUGGAGCAGGACUUGUGCCGUGCAGCGUGUGUAUGCAAGCGCUUCAGUGAGCUGGCCAAUGACCCCAUCCUCUGGAAGAGGCUGUACAUGGAAGUGUUUGAAUACACACGCCCCAUGAUGCACCCCGAGGCGGGGAAGUUCUACCAGAUAAACCCAGAAGAGUAUGAGCAGCCAAACCCGUGGAAGGAAAGCUUUCAGCAGCUGUAUAAAGGUGCACAUGUGAAGCCGGGCUUUGCAGAACACUUCUACAGUAAUCCUGCCAGGUACAAGGGGAGAGACAAUAUGUUUUACUACGAUACCAUUGAGGAUGCUCUCGGAGGGGGCCAGGAGCCUCACUUCGAUGGCCUGAUAUUCGUCCACUCUGGUAUUUACACGGACGAAUGGAUCUACAUUGAGUCGCCUAUAACGAUGAUUGGAGCCGCUCCUGGUAAAGUAGCAGAGAAGGUCAUCAUUGAGAAUACCAGAGACUCUACAUUUGUAUUCAUGGAGGGCUCAGAAGAUGCUUAUGUUGGAUACAUGACAAUCAGGUUCAACCCUGACGAUAAAUCGGCCCAGCAUCACAACGCCCACCACUGCUUGGAGAUCACAGUCAACUGCAGUCCCAUCAUUGACCACUGCAUCAUACGCAGCACAUGCACCGUGGGGUCAGCUGUCUGUGUCAGCGGCCAGGGGGCUUGUCCAACGAUCAAGCACUGCAACAUUAGUGACUGUGAAAACGUCGGUCUUUACAUCACUGACCAUGCGCAGGGAAUAUAUGAAGACAAUGAGAUCUCGAACAACGCUCUGGCUGGUAUCUGGGUUAAAAACCACGGCAACCCAAUCAUCAGACGGAAUCACAUCCACCACGGCAGAGACGUCGGCGUUUUUACCUUUGACCACGGCAUGGGCUACUUUGAGAGCUGCAACAUCCAUAGGAACCGCAUCGCCGGCUUCGAGGUGAAGGCGUACGCCAAUCCAACUGUGGUCCGCUGUGAGAUCCACCACGGGCAGACGGGGGGCAUUUACGUGCACGAAAAGGGCCGUGGGCAGUUCAUCGAGAACAAGAUCUAUGCAAAUAACUUUGCUGGGGUGUGGAUCACCUCCAACAGUGACCCCACCAUAAGGGGCAAUGCCAUUUUUAAUGGCAACCAAGGUGGAGUUUAUAUUUUCGGGGAUGGCCGAGGCCUCAUCGAAGGAAACGACAUCUACGGUAACGCCCUGGCAGGAAUCCAGAUCAGGACAAACAGCUGCCCCAUCGUCCGACACAACAAGAUCCACGAUGGCCAGCAUGGCGGCAUCUAUGUGCAUGAAAAGGGACAAGGUGUCAUAGAGGAGAACGAGGUGUACAGCAACACGCUGGCAGGAGUGUGGGUGACCACGGGAAGCACGCCAGUCCUGAGGAGGAACCGUAUACACAGCGGGAAGCAGGUUGGAGUCUACUUCUAUGACAAUGGCCACGGCGUGCUUGAAGACAAUGAUAUCUAUAAUCACAUGUACUCUGGAGUUCAGAUCAGGACCGGCAGCAAUCCCAAGAUCAGGCGGAACAAGAUCUGGGGAGGCCAGAAUGGAGGCAUUUUGGUCUACAACUCAGGCUUGGGCUUCAUUGAGGACAACGAGAUCUUUGACAACGCCAUGGCUGGUGUUUGGAUCAAGACAGACAGCAACCCCACUCUACGGAGGAACAAGAUCCAUGACGGGCGAGACGGCGGGAUCUGUAUAUUCAACGGAGGACGAGGCUUGUUGGAGGAAAACGACAUCUUCCGAAAUGCCCAAGCAGGUGUCCUAAUUAGCACCAACAGCCACCCCGUUCUGCGGAAAAACCGGAUAUUCGACGGCUUCGCGGCAGGUAUUGAGAUCACCAAUCAUGCCACAGCAACUCUAGAAGGCAAUCAGAUCUUCAACAACCGCUUUGGCGGAUUGUUCCUGGCAUCGGGUGUCAACGUCACAAUGAAAGAUAAUAAAAUAAUGAACAAUCAGGAUGCCAUUGAAAAGGCUGUGAGCAGAGGUCAGUGCCUGUACAAGAUUUCAAGUUACACCAGCUACCCAAUGCACGAUUUUUACAGGUGUCACACCUGUAACACAACAGACCGCAACGCCAUCUGUGUGAACUGCAUCAAGAAGUGUCACCAAGGACACGACGUGGAGUUCAUCAGACACGACCGGUUCUUCUGUGACUGCGGUGCGGGCACACUGUCCAACCCCUGCACGUUAGCUGGAGAGCCGACCCACGACACAGACACACUAUACGACUCGGCUCCUCCUAUAGAGUCCAACACACUGCAGCACAACUGAGCCCGAGCUCCUCUUACGCUACAUCGGACACUUUGGGUUGUGUGUGGAGUAUGAGAUCCAAAAUACACAGCGAUUAAAGUGACUUUAACAAAAAAAAAAUGGAUAUGAAGAUGCUCGAUGGAGACAUUUAAGAAAAAAAGUCUUGAUUAUGGAUGCCUCGCUUUUUCUUCAAUUAUAUGACUUCAAAAAAAGAAAAGGAAAAAAAAGAACCAUCGGUGGGAGAGCAGAUGAGCCGCUGACUCAGGGUUUGUGAGAGUGUUGGUUUGGUAAAGUGAAGCUGGUAAGAGAUGGACGAAGAGGUUCACCGGCUUUUAGGAAUCUGAAGAACCAAAUACUUGUACAGACCCAUCGAACAGAGACCGUCACAACUUUUCUCAUGAGACAAAAGACCCCCACAUACAAUGCUUCCAUCACUCGGCAACCGACGUGCUCGUACGAUAUGUACGGGGAAAAUGAAAUAGCACUUCAGCUUUUU